UUGUGACUAGGCAUUAUGUACUAACGGGAAUUCCACCGUAAGAUCAACAUGUCUAGUGCUUCAUCUGAAGAUGAAAUUACUGACUUUGGAAUUCCUAGUAAUGGAGCGGAGGCCGUGACUAUCAGAAGUCAGACGGAGAAGAAGCGGAGACAGAGAAAAAUGAGCAAAUCUGUGAUCGGUCUGAUAUCACCUAUACAGGAUACGAUAAGUCUGAGCGGAACACUAAAACGGGGAUUGAAGAGAGGACCAGCCGAUGUCGGAGAAGGAAAUAAAGGAUUGCAUAAUGCUCUAAGGAGAGAACUAAAAAGCUCUGUGAACGCUCGUUCGAACAGCUUACAACGUGGGGAAUCGUUGCACAAUCUUAACAUAAAUGAUGAUCGACCUCCUUCGCCAAAAUCCCCCGGAAAAUGGGGUUUCUCAAUGAGGAAGAAAAAGGACGAUGACUCUAUAAGUGUCGCCAGUGUGACGAUGGGGCCGAAAUCACCUAAUCUGAAAUAUUCUGCUCGAGUAAGAUCUCCGAGACCGGAUGGCGCUCACCACAUCCACGACGAUACAGUAAGCAUGCUAGAAGAGUUGCUUGUGGACACAGAAACGAUUCGGCCAGAAGAGGGAAUCAGAGACUCAAUUGGUCGCAAAAUGACAGUGACCUUGAAGAAGAUGAUUAAAUUGGAAAGAGGGCAAGGUGAUAAAGUGGAUGCCAAAGUUCUGACUCUGACACCUGACAGAUGUUUUGUUUUAGGAGUAAAAAGUCCUUUCAAGGUUGAAUUCAAUUUCCAUUUUCUUGAGAUCAAAGCCAUGGAUAGCCCUACUCCAGACAGGCUCAACAUUUCCACAAUGAAUGGGAAGAUAUAUUUUAUGCAAAUGAUUGGAACUGAUGACGCAGAUCAUAUUAUUGGAAGAGUUGCUUUGUCUCUCAGAACAAUAUUUCCUGGAGUUUCAUUAUCAAAAAUCAUGAAAGCAUCUCUGGAACCUCUGAGCCGUCAAAAAGUAAUUCAAGGCAUGCUGAACCAAGCAGACAUGCACGAGUCUGGACCUUGUGGAAAUUUCUCUGUCAUGUACGAAUGCAUGUGCAAUUUUACGGGUCUGCCUGUACGAGAGGAAGUUGGAUGGGAUGUCGACACAAUAUAUCUCUCACAAAACUGCAAAGAGUUGAAUUUCAAGGAUUUUGAUCUACCGGACCAAAAAGACUUCAUACCAAUCAUACUGGUGCUGAUGUACAACCGAUGGUUUGAAGGACUUGUCAUCAGGAAUAUUAAACUGAUCAGUGAUGUCUUUGACACUAUCUUGAAGGUUGUUCGAAGGUCGAGUGUUUUAAAACAGUUGGUCUUAGAAGGUGUCGGACUGAAAGGUGAAAUCGCUCACAAACUUUCACAAGAAAUGAUCGAGAAUAAAGAAUGUUGUAUCGACACCCUAGAUCUUUCAAACAAUCCACUGGAAGAUCGAGCAAUCAUGCAUCUCAGUGGUGCUUUACCUCUGCUAAAACAUGGAGGUGGACUCAGGAUAUUGAAACUGGAUAGAACCGGUCUCAGUGCAAAGGGAGUCAGUGGACUCUGUCAAGCAUUGCGAUCAAGUUCAAUAAUAAGUCGAUCAUUGACAAACUUGACUUUGGCUGACAAUGCAAUUAAAGGAGAAGAAGCAAUUGGUUUAUACAAUUAUCUUUCAACGAAGAACCAGCUGCAAUAUCUAGAUGUUUCUGGAACUGAUUGUGCAGUUGAAAUUUACAUCAGUGCAAUGUCCAAAGGAUGCAUCGAAAAUUUGAAGACUAUAAAUCUGUCAAGAAAUCAUUUCUUUGGAAAAGGAAUCUCAGCUCGGCCUCCUCAUUAUAUUGAAGAUGAAUACACAGGAAACAGCCAGUUCUUUAAAAACCCUGGAGCAAAAAAAGGAAAAGAAACUCCACUUCCUAAUACAUUCCAAGAGUAUUUCAAAACUACAAAAGCUCUCUCAGAUCUUGAUCUUUCUGGGAUGAAAGUUCCUCCAGAAGCCGUGAGGCAGAUCAUGGAUGGUUUGGCUCAGAAUUUCACUGAAGACUUACAAGUUAGUCUCAACUUGAGCAGUGCUGAGCUGAAAGCACCAGGAGCCCAGAUGAUCAGUAAAGUUGUCGCUCAUUUAACGAAUCUUAUUGGACUGGAUAUUUCUGACAACGGACUAGAUUCUGAUUUAUCUUCACUGCUAGCUUGGAUCCAGAAAAAUGAUUCGAUCCGAGAUCUGAAGAUCGGCCGUAACUUCAACAACAUUAAGCCAAAACAUAUGAAAGCUGUGAUGGAUGCAAUUGUGGAAUUAGUGCAAGAAGAUAGAUCGUGUCUUGAAUCCUUGUCUCUGUGCGACUCUAAGCUUCGUGAUUGGACUUCAGUUUUACUCGGAUGUCUCGGAAGUAACACAUCUCUCACUACACUUGAUAUAAGUGGAAACAUGAUUGGUGACCUUGGAGCUCGUGUUACGGCAAAAGCUCUUCAAAUCAACUCCAAAAUCAAAGUUCUGAUGAUGGAUCGUAAUCUACUGACUGCUAAUGGAUUUCAUGAGAUUUCCAGUGCUCUAGAAAAGAACUACACUUUACGCUACAUGCCAUACCCUGUCAUUGAUGCCGUGGCAGCAAUGAAAAGCCAGCCUGAGAAGACACAAGCCUCACUGGCUAAAAUACAAGAUCUUCUGCUGAGGAACGCAAACACAAACAAAAAUUCCAAUGAGCAACAAUUCAGAUUGCAGAGAGCUGUAACAACAACUGCUCAAGAAGUUUUGGAUAGAGUAGCAGGUAAAGUUGACGAUACUGUGAAUGCAUUGGAACUUCUGGAAGCAGACACAGCAUGCACUGAUGUUGUCAUCAGAGCAAAGAGUCAUGUCAAAGAUGCCAAGAACUCGAGACAGUUGUUGUCAGACAUCUACGGAUUGGCCAUGGAGAAAACAUCAGGCGAUCACAGUAACUUGCGAAGAAAGCUUGAACAAAUGGCAAAAGAAAUGGAUGCAAUGGUUCAAGAACAUAUAAAGAACACUGUUCAAUCCAUGACAAAGAACGCAGAGUCUCAGUGCCCACAUAUUUUCGAAGGAAUAAGAGACGAAAUCGAAGAAAAAUCAAAAGAACGAAGUCGUCUUCCAUCGUCGUUCGUCAAAGAUCACGUGAUCAAGCAAACCGGAACUGAGAUCAUUAAUAAAGUCAGCGAAAUGAACUUGACCGUUGCUACUCUGAUAUCAGAUAAAGUGACAGAUACUCUUCUUGCUGCUCUUUCUCAAUGUAAUUCUACACUGACUGAACAACUGAAACGCAAGAAAGAAGAACAAGCAUUAGCAAGACAACAAGAAUUCAUCAACAAAGCAGCUGAAAGUAAAGAAGUCGAAAAGAAUGAAGUCACAGCAGAAAAAAUUGAGGUUUCAAAAUCGGCCACAGAUUCCAGUGCUGACGAAACGGAUAAAGCUAAGGAUAAUGAAGAUCAAAAAGAAGGGGCGAAACCUCCUUCGUUCACGGAUAAUAUUUUACCAGCAAUGCGACAAGAACGAGCAGCAAGUAUCGCUAGAAGAAAACAAAGGCCGAACUCGACUGCAGUCCUGGAUCUUGAAUUCAAGAAGAAGCCCGAAGAGCAGUCGGCAUCAACACCACCACGAUCUUCCUCCCCUAUCAUAGAAACUGAGAUUGUUGCUCCGAUUCCGACAGACACGAAGGAAAUUGAGGACAAUGGGAAAAAAGAGGUGACAGAGGAAAAAGAUAAAGAACCUGUGUAUUCCACUGUAAAUAAGAAGAAAAAAGUGGAAGAGGAGAAGAUAGAGGAUAAAGAAGAGAAAGAGGAGGUAGAGGAGAAAAGUGAGGAAAUGGUGAAAGUGGAAGAGAGCAAAGAGGAGAGUAAGGAAGAUGAAAAUGAUGCACGAGCAAUAGACUUGGAUUUACCUGAACUUCCAACCAACGCUAAGAAACUGGAACAUGUGACCAAGGGUCGACCACGACCAACAAAGAGAGCUGCACCAAAGAAACCUGUGAAGACAGAUGUUGAUACUGAUGUAGGAGUGGAUGAUUUCUUCACUACUUCAGUUCAGAGCACAGAUUUUGAUAAAGUGCCGACAUUGACAGAAGAGAAAGAACUCGCUGAGAAAGAGAAUAUUAAAAAAACACCGAAACGACCAACAGGAGGGAUUGGAAUGAUGGGAAUGCCGAUGGUGACACCUGGUAUGUUGAAAUUGAAGAAAAAACAUGUGGAAGAGGAUAAAGAGGACAAAGAAUCAGAAUCUUCAAAUGACAAAUCAGAAGAAAAGAACGGAUCCGAUGAAGCGGAACAGGCAGAAGAAGUGAAGUCACCGGAACCUGCUGUCAAACGACGACCUCCUGGUGCAAAGGGUUUGCCUGGGAUGGGAUUCGGGAGUAGUAUACUCGGAGAAAUGAAAUUGAAAAAGUUGAAUAAAAGCAAGAGUCCAGAACCAGCAAACCAUGACAAAACAGACGAAGACAAAAACGGAACACAUCAUUCAGCUCUUCCAUUCGGACCAGGAAUGUUGAAGAAAACUCAUCAUGUAACGAGUCCUGGCUCAGAAAAAUCGGAAACAAACAAUAAUAGCAAUGAUAAUAAUAAUGUAUUGAGAUCGCCUCCCAACAGAUGGAAAAGCAAAUCAUUUGAAAGAUCUGAAAAGCCAAUUGUUCCAGUCAAAACAAAGUCACCUCUGAUGCCUCCAAAGCCUUCACCUCCUCCUGCCUCAGUUAAACCAUCAAGUUUUAAGGGAAACCCCCCUCCCUUACCUAACAAACCAAAACCUGCUGCGUUGAGGCCAGAAUCCAAUAUAUUUCGAGGGGCGAGAGCAAGACCAAUGUCUGAAUUCAUUGAUCCAAAACAUGUUCCUUCAAGCGUACAUCAACGAGCUGCCUCCUGGGGUAAAAAGAAAGCGGAGGAUUCUAAAAAAAGUGACAAAAAAUGAUCAACCCAAGACACUUCCUGUAUGGAGCAAGUAAAUUGGGCGACCUUUGCUCCCGAAGGUAACCACCAGUGGGCGUCAGAGACAAUCCGUCUUUCCAACGAAAAAAACUUCCAGAUUUCGCAAUCAUGUAGCACUUAAAAAUAUCCAACCAAGUCCUGUCAUCAAGUCUCAUUUGUGAUCUCACUGAUGACGUCACAUAUUCUCCUGACUUCCACAACUCACUGUCUUUCCGAAAUUCGAAUCGCCACUGUUAAAUAUCAUAGUUGAGUGACGUCAUCGGACCAUGACGUCAUAAUGUUUCAAUCAAAACAAGCAUAGUUUAUCCUGACAGCGUAAUUCUGUACCACUGCUAUUACUGUAACAACCCUUUUUAUAUUUUCUUUCAAAAAAAAGUGAUUUUUGUAAACGAGCAUUUUAUAUUUGCAUUGAGUACCAGCAUAACCAAGUUUAGUCCUGGCUUAAAUCUUGUAUUAUGUUCGAUUUAUCUACGGAUUAUACUUGAUCAGUUUUGAUUAUAAAUUAUUAUUCCAGCACAUUUAUUCGAAAAUUGUCAACUCCUUUUUAUUAUGAACUUUUUUUUCAAGCACGUUUUAUGGGUCUCAUGCUAACGGUGAUUAAUUAUAUAUAUUUACAGCGUAUGCAGUAUAUUUGAAAUUGCCGAUUUUUUUUAUUAUUUUCUGUUUUAAUUUGCUGUAUAUUUUGCUUUUUCUUUAUUCUUACAGGGCUGCUUUUAUCUCUUCGCCUAAAGAGGUAAACAUGUAAGGGAGGUCACAGUGGGGUUUCAAUAUGUUCUCUCCAAUUAGGCGUUAAGCUAUGCUCCUGUAUAUUGAGAUAGAUAGAUAUUCCAGCUAACUCCAAUAAUUGCAAAAAAAUUCUCAGAACUAAAAAGUUGCCGAAAGUUCAAAUGGCGUUUAAGUAUGACAUAUACCACACAAUUAUGGCAUCUUUCUCGUGCCAUGCAGUCUUCUUGGCGUCAAAGAAAUAUUUUUCAACUUUGAUCAUAAUAAUCAUCGUUCUCCAUGACAUGUAAUAAGCGCUCGGGAUUGGCGUUUUAAAAUAAAAUAAUUUCCUAUUUAAUUAUUGUGUGGCACCUGUGCCAUGCCACAAGGCAUUGAUGCCAUGCCUUAUUUUUCUGGCAGUCUGGUCGAUUACUGUAAUCUAAAAAAAAUUCUUCUUUUUUUAUCUUGUCUUAUUGAACAGAAUUAUAUAGAAAACAAUUUAAAUAUAAUUAUUAUGCAUUUUAUCAGGCACAAAUUUUAA